CUGUCACCGACAAGUCUCACUCUCUCCACCACCACCACCACCACCACCACCACCACCACCACCCGCAGGAAGAGGAAGGGAGAUGACGUGCGUCUUCGUCCUGCGUGUCGCCACAGGAUUUGGAACGAUGCGUGAAACCAAAUGAGGUAGCGAAGAGAAGGCAGAAGACGACAGCAGGAGAGACGGGGAGGCGCUCUGGAAUCGGCGGAUGCCGAUCCCCAAAACGAAUCUUUCUUAUACGUCAUCUCCUCUCUCUCUCUCUCACUUCAAUCGGUGAGGUUCCGGCUUCUAUCCUUUUUAUUAUCUUCCUCUCGCCCUCGACUCUUCUUCGCUUCCUGUCCGCCUUCCUGAUAUCUGUUGUCGUCGUUUUCUUUUGCCGGAUGUUCAAAAGGCGGAUCUUUCUGGCUUCCGCGAAGAGAAUCCGAUGCCUGCUCCGUCCAUGUUGGGAAUCUUCGCGCGUGGACUGAAUCGGCAAACAUGCAUUUUUCAUAGAUCCAGGCAUCUCGAUUCCCGGUUCUCGAGCUCGGUCGCUGGCUUUCUGUUGUAGAUUUGCGGUGCUUUGCCGGAAAUCAUUGCUUGGAGAUCGAUUUCUUUUCUUGUUUUGGAGGAUUUUGUGAUAAAGAUUGCAUCUUGGGAAUGGAGGGAAGGGAGUUGCGGCGAGGUGUGACGCUCUCGGAGCGGCUGUCUGUCGUCCACUCGUCCAAUCUCGGGGACCUGCUCAAGGUCCGGGAGGAAGACGACAUGCGCAUCUGCCGCCGCCGGGGCGGCGAUUCGGUGACUCUGGAAUCGAUUAUCGCGUGCGAGAAUAGGGAGGGAUCUGCCACCUCCGGCGGCAGCGGAAGGACACUGCUCGACAUCAUCCAUCAGGAGCACGAGGCAAGUGGGAUCAUGGCGGACGGGAACUCGAGCAACGAAGCCCACUGGAUGUCGUUAAGGGACCGCCUCCGCCUCCACAUCGACGGCGUAGCCUGGGCGUCGGCGUCCGCUGGCCACUUACACCCAAUCUCGGACGCCGAGCUCGUCGUCUCCGUUCGGAGUUCCGAGCUUGCCGUCCCAGAACCCACCGCCGCGUCAGCGACCGCCGCGGCAACUGAACUACCCUCAGUCAGCGGAGGAGGAAGCGACGAAAUAAAUGGCAGUGAAAACUCCGAUCCCGGCGGCACCGCUGAGUCAUCCGCACCAGCUGCUGUGCCGGCGGCGGCGGCGGAGGAGGAGGAGGAGCAGCCAGCGAGAGUGUCCCUCUUGGCGUUACUGGAGCAAACGGACAGGCAAUGGGGAGGCAGCGGGAGGGAAAGGUUAUCCUUAUUCGCAGCGGCGCCGCCGGAGAAAGAGGUGGCAGCGGACGAGAGGGAGGGCGGCGGAGGGGUGAUGCUGUACAUGUGCUGCGUGUGCAUGGUGCGGCACAAAGGGGCAGCGUUCAUCCCCUGCGGCCAUACCUUCUGCCGCCUCUGCUCGCGUGAGCUGUGGGUCAGCCGCGGCAGCUGCCCCCUCUGCAAUGCCUACAUCGUUGAGAUCCUCGACAUCUUCUAAUGCCUCCUCCCGUUCUCCAACUCCGGCGGCCGCAGCCGCCACCACCAUAUCUCUGAUCAUCAACAACAAUUUCGAAUGGUACCUGAUGAAUGCUGAUGGCCAUCUAUUUAAUGAGCACCAUGAAAGUGCUGUGGACUGGGGAAAAGAAAGCUGAAAUGGUUACAGUGGACAGCUACUGCAGCAGAUGCUUUGGCAAUGCAUUGAAGCUUCAACAGCUCCAACAAAAGUCUGGCCACUGCUGCUUCAUCAGAACCAGCACCAACCAUGGCUCAUAGUUCUUACUUUUCUUUUUGGAAAAAGAAGCAUGGCUAAUGAAUCUCAUUAAAUUGUCCUCUCUGUUAGCAUUGAAGUUUGGAUAGACUGAAACCACAUAAAAGUCUGUCAAGAUUCUGUGAAAUCAAUGUAUAUAAAGCUUUGCAUGCUCUGCU